AUGUUAUCCAGAGCAGUUAGCAGAUCAGCCGGAGUGACAGUUCGUACUGCAUCCAGAGGUUUGAGCGUCACUCUUCCCCGGUUUCAGCAGAUCGAGCAAAAAGGCUCUAAAGAUGCGGGACAACCUGCUCCUUUCAACUGGAACGAUUUCUUCAAAUUAAGGAAACAAGAACGGAAAAUCAACUUAGGAUCAUCCAUUGUGAGCGCGUUUGUGGGCUGUAAUAUCUCAUGGGGUUAUUUGUCGACAAUGCAGAUAGAUCCUACGCAGAUGAUCAUGGGAUUCGAUCCUUUGAUGGUUGUUUCUGCCGCUUUGGUUGCUUCUGGCGCACUGGGAUACCUUUUUGGACCUCUUUUUGGAACUUAUAUCUUUAAAAUGCGACACAAGGACCGAUUGAACGACUACAACGGGAAAACUAAGGAAUUUCUGAAACAUGUAGUCGCCAAUCGUGUCGACUCGUCCUCGCAAAGCUUUAGCAAUCCCGUGCCUGACUAUUACGGUGAAAAGAUUGGUUCUUUGAAGGAAUACCGGCAGUGGUUGCGGGACUGCCAUGCAUUUCGCAGAAAAGCCAAAGAGUUUUUGUAA